AUUGUAUUGCUUCAUUCCAAUUGGAUACAAAAUAUUAGCAUACGAAAGAAAAACCAUAACGAUAGUUUUAGCUUCUUUUAUAUUCAAGAUCUAGAUGGCACUUGUACGAUAGUACUACUUCCGUUUCGCGCCAAAAGCCGGUAACACCAUAAAUUAGAAGAGCGCUGUUUUUUACGGCGAAGAAAAUUUGGCAAACUUUGUUGACUUAGAAAGAUAUCAUAGAAUAAAAAUGGUUGGAAAGGGAAAGAUGUUUGUAGUGAAACGUGAUGGGCGCAAAGAAGAUGUUCAUUUUGAUAAAAUAACAUCUAGGAUUCAAAAAUUAUGUUACAAUCUAGAUAUGGAUUAUGUGGAUCCUUCUGCAAUUACUUUCCGUGUUAUCAGUGGUUUAUAUUCUGGUGUCACCACUGUUGAAUUAGAUAAUCUUGCAGCUGAAACUGCAGCCACUAUGACUACUAAACAUCCAGAUUAUGCUGUUUUAGCUGCACGCAUUGCAGUUUCCAAUCUUCAUAAAGAAACAAAGAAAAGCUUCAGUGAAGUAAUACAUGAUUUGUACCAUGUACAGGAACAAUAUCUAAAUAAGCCCAGGCCUGUUAUCAGUGAGAAAUAUUAUAAUAUCAUUCAAAAUAAUGCAAGUAAAUUAAAUUCAGCAAUAAUUUAUGAUAGAGAUUUUAGUUACAAUUAUUUUGGCUUUAAAACGCUUGAAAGAAGCUAUCUGCUAAAAAUACAUGGAAAAGUUGUUGAAAGGCCACAACAUAUGUUGAUGAGAGUCGCAGUUGCUAUUCAUGGUGAAGAUAUUGAAAAAGCCAUAGAAACUUACAAUUUUUUGUCAGAACGAUAUUUUACACAUGCAUCUCCUACAUUGUUUUCUGCAUGUACUGUGACUCAGCAAAUGUCCAGUUGUUUCCUUCUUUCAAUGACUGAAGAUAGCAUUGAAGGAAUUUAUGAUACAUUGAAGAGGUGUGCAUUGAUUAGCAAAUCAGCUGGUGGUAUUGGACUAAAUGUACAUUGCAUACGAGCUAGAGGUACACCAAUAGCUGGUACACUUGGUGUAUCUAAUGGCUUAGUACCGAUGCUUAGGGUGUACAAUAACACAGCUAGAUAUGUUGAUCAGGGAGGAAAUAAACGGCCUGGAGCAUUUGCUGUAUAUCUAGAACCAUGGCAUGCAGAUAUUUUUGAAUUUUUGGAUCUCAAAAAAAAUACUGGUAAAGAAGAAAAUAGAGCAAGAGAAUUAUUUUAUGCUUUGUGGAUUCCUGAUCUUUUUAUGAAACGAGUUUUGGAAAAUGGUGUUUGGACUUUGAUGUGUCCACAUGAAUCUCCUGGAUUAGCUGAUGUUUGGGGUGAUGAAUUCGAAACUUUAUAUACGCGCUAUGAAAAUGAGAAACGGUUUAAGCGCCAGAUUCAAGCUAGAGAUUUAUGGACAGCUAUCCUUAUAGCUCAAGUAGAGACAGGAACCCCGUAUAUGCUUUACAAAGAUCACUGCAAUCGAAAGUCAAAUCAGCAAAACAUAGGAACAAUUAAGAGUAGUAAUUUAUGUACAGAAGUUGUUCAGUAUUCCAGCGCGGAUGAAGUUGCUGUAUGCAAUUUGGCUUCAAUUGCCGUUAAUAUGUUUGUGAAUUCCUCUAACAAAACGUUCGAUUUUCAAAAACUUAAAAAGGUGACAAAAAUCGUUACUUGUAAUUUGGAUAAAGUUAUUGAUGUCAAUUACUAUCCGAUUCCAGAAGCCAAAAAGUCAAAUUUCAGACAUAGACCUAUAGGUAUUGGAAUACAAGGACUUGCAGAUGCAUUCCUUUUAAUGCGAUACCCAUUUGAAAGCGAAGAAGCGCAAAAGCUAAAUAUCCAAAUAUUUGAAACAUUGUAUUAUGGUGCCUUAGAAGCUAGCUGCGAGCUUGCCGAAGAAAAGGGAACAUAUGAAACCUACGAAGGUAGUCCAGUCAGUAAGGGAAUUUUACAAUAUGAUAUGUGGAACGUUACACCAACUGAUUUAUGGGACUGGGCAGCGCUAAAAGAAAAAAUUGCAAAACACGGAGUCAGAAAUUCUUUGUUGAUAGCUCCAAUGCCAACAGCAUCUACCGCGCAAAUUUUGGGAAAUAAUGAAUCUAUAGAACCUUACACUAGUAACAUUUAUACACGACGAGUUUUGUCAGGAGAAUUUCAGAUAGUGAAUCCUCAUUUAUUACGAGAUUUAACUGAAAGAGAUCUUUGGGACGAAAAUAUGAAAAAUGAAAUUAUAGCAAACAAUGGUUCCAUUCAAGACAUUGAACGUAUACCAUCUGAUUUAAAAAUGCUUUAUAAAACAGUUUGGGAAAUAUCACAAAAGGUCGUUUUAAAAAUGGCAGCGGAUCGUGGUGCCUUUAUUGAUCAGUCACAAUCCUUAAAUGUUCAUAUGGCUAAACCAACGACAGAAAAAUUAACUUCAAUGCACUUUUAUGGAUGGCAAAUGGGUUUGAAAACUGGUAUGUAUUAUCUAAGAACAAAACCGGCCGCAAAUGCUCUUCAGUUUACAGUUGAUAAGUCAAAACUACGAAGUGCCACCAGUACACCGGCCAACCAGUCUCUUAAUUUAGAAAGUGGAAACGAUGAAGGAUACAUGAAUUCAUCAAAAAAAUGGUUGCAAGAUCGAAGUAGUGAAGAUAUAGAAGCUGUACUCGCCUGUUCACGCGAAAACGGAGAUGCUUGCAUGGCUUGUGGAUCAUAAAUAUUAACAUUUUUUAGUAAUAUCUAUUGUACUUAAAUUAUACUUUUAAUUAGAAAUAUAAGUGU